UCAGAUUUCAUUUCUCUAUCUUCAAAAUUUCACUGGUGGCCGGUGAUUUGGGUGGCGGGUAUGUUUUAGGAGACUGCGGUUGCUGUGUACGCAAGCGUAGCAGCUAUGGCAAGCGUAGCAGCUAUGGUGUCUGCUAGGUUUUUAUGCAACAAUAAUAAGCUCUCUUUCUUGUUCCAAAGUAACCUUCGAACAUCCAGAUUUCUCUUGCGUAGCAGCAACCACCGUUCUCUCCUCAGGACGUCCCUAAAAUCCACCUUCUUCUCUAUAAGAUGUAUUCAAUCCACGCAAAGAGCCAUUGAAGCGAAAAGCCAAGAUUCCGAUGUUGUUAGUCGACUUAAUGUCGUGGAAAUUCUGGAAGAACGGGGCCUCCUUGAAUCGAUAACCAGCGAGAAUCUCAGGUCAGCUUGUUCAAACCCUAAUCUCAAUCCCUUGAAGGUCUACUGUGGUUUCGAUCCCACUGCUGAAAGUUUACACUUGGGAAAUUUGCUUGGAAUUAUUGUAUUGUCGUGGUUUCAGAGAUGCGGUCACAAUGUUGUCGCCUUGAUCGGCGGUGCAACUGGUAGGAUUGGGGACCCAUCUGGUAAAAGCUUGGAGAGGCCUGAACUGGAUGUCGAAACAUUAGAGAAGAACACAACAGGCAUUGUUAAUACAAUAACUAGAAUUCUGGGUAGAUGGGAUCAAAAUAGAAACUCGAAAGAGGGUCCUAAAGGAAAUCUAGCUAUGAUUGCCGAUAAUGAGAAAAUCAAGAACUCAGGUCUGGGUCUUCGUGAUUCUUUUGUAAUUUUGAAUAAUUAUGAUUGGUGGAAGGACGUCAAAUUUUUGGAUUUUCUAGGUAAAGUUGGUCGAUUUGCGAGGGUGGGUACAAUGAUGGCCAAGGAGAGUGUUAAGAAGAGAUUGGAAUCCGAACAAGGAAUGAGCUAUACAGAGUUCACGUAUCAGUUGUUGCAGGGCUAUGAUUUCCUAUACUUGUUCGAGAAUGAGGGGGUUAAUGUUCAAAUAGGGGGGAGUGAUCAGUGGGGAAAUAUUACUGCUGGGACUGAACUUAUUCGGAAGAUUCUUCAGGUAGAUGGAGCUUAUGGUUUGACAUUUCCUCUUCUAUUGAAGAGUGAUGGAACCAAGUUUGGGAAAUCUGAGGAUGGCGCUAUCUGGUUGUCUCCCUCAGUGUUAUCUCCUUACAAGUUCUACCAGUACUUUUUCUCCGUCCCAGAUGUGGACGUGGUGAGGUUUCUCAAGAUUCUUACCUUCCUGAGUAUGGAGGAGAUCAAUGAGCUGGAAGAGGGAAUGAAAAGACCUGGAUAUACUCCCAAUUCUGCUCAGAGGAGGCUUGCAGAAGAAGUGACCCGUUUUGUCCAUGGUGAAGAGGGUCUAUUGGAAGCCUUGAAGGCAACUGAAGCAUUGAGGCCAGGAGCUGAGACUGUUUUAGAUUGGAAGACCAUUGAAGGGAUCGCUGAGGAUGUCCCUUCCUGCACUUUGGAUUACAAGCAGGUUUUGAAUGCUUCUCUUGUUGACCUCUCUGUUUCCACAGGUUUACUAGAGAGUAAGUCAGCAGCCCGGCGCCUAUUGAAGCAAGGGGGCCUUUAUUUGAAUAAUAUCAGAGUUGAGAGUGAGAUAAGGUCAAUUGAAGUGGGAGAUAUUAUUGAUGGGAAAGUGCUAUUGUUAUCUGCUGGAAAGAAGAACAAGAUGAUUGUAAGAAUAUCUUGAAUUUUGAUAGUUUUUAGGAUAAUAUUAGCAAAAGCAAGAUGAGUAUUUUGAAUUUUGAUAGCUUUAUGAUAAUAUUAGCAAGAGCAAGACGAGUAUUUUGAA